CUCUUCCUCUUCUUCUCUCUGCCAGAUUUCUCUUUCAGCUUGUCUGUUCUACUAGUAAUUAUUUGUUUGUUUUACUAUUUUCUUUUCUUUUACAAUUGAUACUCUGAGUUAUUCUGCCCUAUUUCUCUAUUUUCUUUUCCCCCUUUCCUGCCUGCCUGUUCUCUUUCUCUGACUCCCUCAGUCUCCAUUUCAGUACAGUAGCAUUCUUUUCACAAACAAGCACAGAGCCCUCUGUGUGCAUUUUCUGUGCCUCUAUUUCCUUUUCCUCUUUAAUCAAUAGCCACAGCAGCUAGAGAGUUGCUCACAUGAAUGACUCCUUGUGAAUCACAGCCCAGACAUCUCUUUCAGUGGCUGUGCAGGACAGAGCAGAGAAUCCCUGUUUAUCUACGUUUUCCUAAUCCUCCUUUUCUCAGAGUCAGGGACGCUAUCAUGUUGACCCGUGGAAUAUGCCAGUCUCCAGGUCUCCACAUCCACCCUCUUAUCUUCAUCUUCCUCAUCCUUCUACCUACAACACAGGCUGAAGAUAUUUAUAUGAAGCAGAAACCUUUGCCAACAAGUUCAGUUGAGUCACUACCACGAGAAAUUGUCAACAAUAGAAUUGGGAAAGAGAAUUCUCAAAUCAAGGAAACAUCAUCUCAAAAUGUUCCCAAGUCUGGAGAAGAAAGCCUAGACCCUGGUUCAGAAAAGGAAGUAUCACCAUCCAAUAAGGAUGUAUCUGAAGCACCAAGCACAGCUCCAAACUUUGCUGGAAACCAAACUCUGCCAACAAGAAAAAAACCACCCUCCUUAAAGCAGUUAAACAUUGCAAGGAAGCGCCUGAGACCACAGGUGACACCAGCUGUCCUUGAAAGGAUGUUAGCGGUAAAUGCAAGCAUUCCUCCUUUAACAGAAAAUGUUCCAGUCUUAAAGGACUUAUCUGCUGAAACCAGAGAAAUUAAGCAAAAUAUUCCAGAGUUUCCGUUGUGGAUAAACAGGAGAAGACACAGCAGUACUAUUCCUCAACUUCCUUUUCAGAUAACUUCUCACACAACUCAACCUUCGAUUUCACCCAACUCUGAUAGCAUAAAAUUGUCAUUGUCUGACAUAAAUACUUCUCUGCAGGCUGAUGAGCCAGUAAGGACACGUUUGACAGACAAUGAUUUAAAUGGAGGGGAGGAAAACCAAGAAACAACAACUUCUACAAUAAUUACAACCACAGUGAUCACCACAGAACAAAACUCAGCUCAAUGCAGAGUGAACUUCCACAACCCUGAAGGAUACAUUGACUCAACAGAUUAUCCCCCACUUCCCAAACAUAAUUAUUUGGAGUGUAAAUACAAUAUUACGGUCUACAUGGGAUAUGGAGUGGAACUUCAGGGGCCCUAUGAAGAAGCAAUCAGAUUUAGUGACUCCCUCAAUUCUAACGAUUAUGGUUUCAAAUUCACUAGUAAUAUCCAAUCUACAAAGAUUGAUUAUCUUGAUCUGACACUGUCAUUUUCAUCUUCUGGCCACAUUGUGUCUGAAACUUUUUCAAAAAAGUGGAUUGCAAUAGUUUCUUAG